GAGGUGUAACUAGAGGAACAAGUGAUUCUUUGAAUUGUCUUUCGAAACUGUUGUUAACCGUUCAUUUAAAAAUGCCAACAACAGAUACAGAAAGCUCUUUCAUAGAAGAAACUUGUAAAGAAGUUGACCACAGUCCUAAUCAUCAUAAAGGCCUGACAGAAAAUCCUUCCAUUGAUGCUGAUUAUGGUGAACAGCAGACUUUAAGGUCCAACAGAUCUACAUAUUUUGAACAGAAGAUACAUAUUCCAACCUCAGAAGCUAGUAUCUUUAGUUUCCGAAAGUUGUGGGCCUUUACAGGACCUGGAUUUUUGAUGAGCAUAGCCUAUCUGGAUCCUGGAAAUAUAGAGUCUGAUCUUCAGUCUGGAACAGUUGCAGAAUUUAAGCUGUUGUGGAUUUUGAUGUGGGCAACAGUUUUGGGUUUAGUCAUGCAACGAUUGGCUGUUCGAGUUGGAGUGGUGACAGGACUAAAUUUAGCCGAACUUUGCCAACGAAUUUAUCCAAAAGUGCCUCGUUUGAUUUUGUGGAUUAUGAUAGAAAUUGCCAUAAUUGGGUCUGACAUGCAAGAGGUUAUAGGAACAGCUAUUGCAUUCUAUUUGUUGUCUAAUAAAGCAAUCCCACUCUAUGGAGGUGUUCUCAUCACAAUUGUUGACACAUUUACAUUCCUGUUUUUGGAUAAGUAUGGUCUACGAAAAUUAGAAGCUUUAUUUGGUUUCUUGAUUACAGUUAUGGCUAUUACUUUUGGAUAUGAGUAUGUACGAGUUGCCCCGACACAAACAGAAGUGGUUAAAGGACUUUUCUAUACCUGGUGUUCUCACUGUGAUUCUAAAGCUUUAUUGCAAGCUGUAGGAAUAGUAGGGGCUGUAAUUAUGCCUCAUAAUUUAUAUCUUCAUUCUGCUUUAGUCAAGUCUCGAGAAGUGGACAGAUCCAAAAGAAAUGAAAUCAAAGAAGCAAACAAGUACUUUUUCAUCGAAUCAGCUAUAGCUCUUUUUGUAUCAUUAGUCAUCAACAUAUUUGUAGUUUCUGUAUUUGCUGAAGGUUUGUACAACAAGACUAAUGCUGAUGUGCAUGAACUCUGUCUUACCAAUAACCUUCUUCAUGCCAGUGACUUUCCUAAUAAUACAAAUAAUGUUGAAGCUGACAUCUAUAAAGGGGGAGUGUUCCUAGGGUGUCAGUUUGGGGUUGCAGCCAUGUACAUUUGGGCAGUUGGUAUUCUAGCAGCUGGACAGAGCUCUACUAUGACUGGUACUUAUGCUGGUCAGUUUGUUAUGGAAGGUUUUCUCGAUCUUCAUUGGACUCGCUGGAAGAGAGUUUUACUAACUCGAACAAUCGCCAUUUGUCCCACCAUAUUGGUUGCUAUCUUUAGUAAUAUUGAUGACUUGACAGGAAUGAAUGACCUACUUAAUGCUCUUAUGAGUCUUCAGCUUCCAUUUGCCCUUCUUCCAACACUAACAUUUUCCUCAUCUGUAGCCAUUAUGGGAGAUUUUCGGAAUGGAGUGAUAAACAAGGUUAUUGCAAGUGUCCUGUCUGUUAUGGUUGUUGGCAUUAACCUUUACUUCGUCUUCAACUUUACACAGAGUGCUCUACCACAUCACUGGGCUGUAUAUGUAGGAAUAGCAAUUUUUAUGUUCCUUUACGUCCUGUUUGUAUUAUAUCUUGUUGGAAUUUUUUUGGUGGUUUUAGGAUGGAAGCAGUUAGUUACAGUAUCUUAUAUUGGCAAAUACCUGAGAGAGCCAUACAUGCUGGAACCUCAACUUUCUCACUCAACUCCAGUAUUUUAUAGUUAAUUUUAAGUUUUUUUUUAGGAAAUCAUUCUUUAUAAACAAAAAAUCUUAUAUUAAAAGUUAUUAAAUGUUGUGUUAAUGGGUUGUGAUAUUAAAACAGCGAAGAAUAGUUUACAGGACAAAACUAUUUUAAUUACUCCAUUCAGUUUAUGUGCAUAUUAAUUAAAUACUUUUCCAUUUUAAAUGUGUGCUUAUGUACAUCAUAUCAAAUAUGUUAAUCAAGUGUUCUGUUACAUAUUAAACAGAUCUAAACUUUUUAAAUGAGACACAUUGUGCAAACAAAGCUUAUUUAUUUGAAAAUUCCAGCUGAGUUAGUGAUGAUAAAUAAUUUUCCAUGUUUCUUUAGACACAUUAAGAAGACUUGCAUGUAUCUGUAAAAGAAAAAAGUACCAAGAGUAUUUUUGUAUCAGAACUAUUUUGAGGGUAAAAUGUGUAUUAAAAACUGACAGAAAUUGGGUUAUUUAAAUAUGGCUAGUUUAACUUUCUGUACAGAA